UUCCUACCAGUCAGUUGUGAGGCUACUGUUGUCCAGAAAAGCAGAAAGACUCGCGCAGUCCAGCCAGGAGACGUCAAGUUGUCGUGGAAAUUGGAUAACACUCGCAGACUCAUCCUCUGAAGCUGGCUACAAAUCUUUUUUGCUGGUAUGGAAAAUGAUGAAACAACGUUUGUCACCUCGAUCAACCCCAACCAGUUCCCUGGCAAGUUGUGGCGUUUGGUGAACGAUCCUCAGAUUCGCUCAAUCUGGUGGGACGCCAGCGGGGAAGGAAUACUUGUCAAUCAGCUACCCUUCGAAGCUGAAGUGCUUCAAGUACCCAGGCAGGUGACCGAGUACUUCAGAACAACGGACUUCAUCAGUUUCGUUCGCCAGUUGAACCUGUACGGCUUCAGAAAAGAACGCAUAGACUUUGACAUCUCGGACAAUCAACCCAACAUCUCAUCCACUGACGCCCAACUGCACCACUUUCACAACCCGUACUUCAAACGGGAUAAGCCCGAGCUUCUAGUCAAACUAAAGCGACUCACGCCUCUCAACAAGGCCAAGCUCGCCGGGAGAGAGGUGCCCAGGAGGAAAUCAAAACGUAUCCAUCAUGCGAUGCUGAAUUCGCCGCAGGAAACCUCAGCCUUAAUGAACACAGGUUCAGUCUCGCUUGGACAUCAGGGAACCCCUUACCACCAUCCCUGCAAUGGCCCUCAGCAGGAGAAGGACUGCGACAGAACUUACUUUAAAUACUAA